AUGGCUCCAACCAACGAGAAGAACUUACACGAGGUCGAAUCGGCCAGUGGAUCAGUCGACAAUGGCACCGCAGAUGUUGUCAUGCCUGUCGGCCGAAGGUACAGAUCAGUCAAGAUUGGUCCUGUGACACUACCUCACUACGCCAGCCCUGCCACACAACUUGUGAUCGUCGCUUUCGUCUGUUUCUUGUGCCCUGGAAUGUUCAAUGCUUUGUCGGGCAUGGGUGGAGGUGGUCAAGUCUCUGCUAAGGCAGCUGAUGAGGCUAACGUUGCCCUCUAUGCCUGCUUCUCAGUCGUUGGUUUCUUUGCCGGUAGUGUCGUCAACUACAUCGGCAUCAGAUGGAGUCUAUCCUUUGGUGGAUUGGGUUACUGCGUUUACGUGGCUUCGUUCCUUUGCUACACCCACACCCAGAACACAGGCUUCAACAUCUUUGCAGGUGCUCUGCUUGGUUGCUGUGCCGGUAUGCUGUGGUCAGCUCAGGGUGCCAUCAUGAUGUCUUACCCUCCUGAGAACUCCAAGGGAAGGUAUAUCUCUUGGUUCUGGAUGAUUUUCAACCUUGGUGCUGUCAUAGGAAGUCUGGUAAGUCUGGUCCACUCCUCAUUUCAACGACCGAUGCUGAUCGCUGCANNGAUUCCUCUUGGUGAGAAUAUCAACUCCACUAGUAGUGGUACUGUCUCCGAUGGGACUUAUAUCGGUUUCAUCGUCUUGACAGCUUGUGGUGCUGGGCUGGCCUGGUUCCUGGUGGAUGCAAAGUCGGUCAUCCGCAAUGACGGUUCUCGCAUCAUCCUCAUGAAGAAUCCCACUUGGAAGUCCGAGUUGCUGGGACUUUGGGAGACCAUCAGAAGCGAUCCCUACAUCAUCUGUCUUUUUCCAAUGUUCUUCGCCUCAAACUGGUUUUAUACCUAUCAGGCAGGUCAUCGUGUAUUGAAGUUCUCGUUUGCCUCGGCUAACACUUUUUCNCAGUUCAACGGUGUCAACCUGGCGUACUUCAACACAAGAACCCGAGCUCUGAACAACACCCUCUACUGGACUGCGCAAAUUGCUGGUGCAUUCGUCUUUGGGUUCUGCCUCGACUACUCCAAAAUCCGCCGAACGGUCAGAGCAAAGAUCGCCUGGGUUGCCAUCAUGGUUUUGACACUCGCAAUUUUCGGCGGCGGCUAUGACUUCCAGACUGGCUACACUCGCGCUUCCGUUUCCAAGGAUGCGGGUUACGUCUCCAAGGACUGGAGUGACUCUGGAUAUGUCGGCCCGAUGUUCCUGUACAUCUUCUACGGCUUCUAUGAUGCCGCAUGGCAGACUNNUUGUGUAUACUGGUUCAUGGGCUCGUUGACCAAUAACGGUCGCAAGCUCACCAACUUUGCUGGUUUCUACAAGGGCAUCCAGUCUGCUGGAGCCGUCGUGAUCUGGCGUCUUGACUCGCAGAGUCUACCUUACAUGAGUGAAUUCGCCUCAAGUUGGGCACUCCUGUUGGGCGCGCUGGUGUGUGCUUUGCCAGUCCUGCUCAUCAGAAUCAAGGACCACGUCAGUGUUGAAGAAGACGUAAAAUUCUCGGACGAGACUGUCGAGGAGAUCAUCGGCACAGCCGAUGCCAAAGUUGUCAAUCGCGACUCUGAGAAGGUCUGA